AUGGGAAACGGGGACAAGGCUAACCAAUGUGAAAGUUCGAUAAUAGCAGUGGCUGGUAAUGAAGUCCCAGUGUCUGCUGCAGAGGAUGAUGUGAAGGAACGGUGUUGGCAUCAGAGAGAAGCCCUGCCAGGGGAACCUAGAUGUGUUGUAUGUGGCCGCUACGGGGAAUAUGUUUGUGAUGAGACUGAGGAUGACAUUUGCAGCCUGGAAUGUAAGAAAAUUCUCCUAUGUAGGAUUGCCAAGUCAGUGUCACUGGUUGAUCGCCCACCACCUAUGAGAUUACCCACAACUGAUGAGUGUUUUUAUGUCAGAGAUGCAAAUGAUAAUUCAGAAACUCGAUCUUUAACUAAUGACCAGACUGAAUCACUCAGGAGAAAACUAGAAAUCUCUGUGAGGGGUGGCUCUGUUCCGGCACCCGUCUUGUCUUUCACUUCUUGCAGUCUUCCUCAGAAGCUCCUCCAAAACAUAGAAGCUGCUGGAUAUGAGAUGCCGACACCGGUCCAAAUGCAAGCAAUCCCAGCUGCUUUGAUUGGCCAAAGCCUGCUCGUUUCAGCUGAGACUGGUUCAGGAAAAACCUGUUCCUUUUUGGUUCCUAUAGUUUCAUACUGUGCAAAGAUUCACUGUGGGCAGUUACCAACUGAGAAAAAACCAUUAGCAAUGAUACUUUCUCCAACUAGAGAGCUCUGCAUACAGGUAGAGGGGCAAGCCAAGUUGCUUGGAAAGGGUUUACCCUUUAAAACUGCACUAGUUGUUGGUGGUGAUGCUAUGGCUGGACAAAUCCACCGCAUCCAGCAGGGAGUGUCAUUGAUUGUUGGAACUCCAGGAAGGCUGAUUGAUCUUUUAAUCAAGUAUGAUAUAGAAUUAGAUGCAAUAUCAAUUCUUGUUCUUGAUGAAGUGGACUGCAUGCUUCAAAGGGGAUUCCACGAGCAAGUAAUGCAGAUAUUUAGGGCUUUAUCUCAACCCCAAGUCUUGAUGUAUUCUGCAACAAUUCCAAAGGUAGUUGAGAAGCUGGCAAGCUCAAUGGCGAAAGAUAUAACUGUUGUUUCCAUUGGGAAGCCAAACAAACCUAAUGUGGCUGUGAAGCAGCUGCCAAUUUGGGUGGAGUCAAAGCAAAAAAAGAAAAAGCUUUUUGACAUAUUGAUGAGCAAGCAGCAUUUUAGGCCACCACUUGUAGUAUUUGUGGGUUCAAGACUUGGUGCAGAUCUCCUCUCCGAAGCAGUAACAGUCACCACUGGGUGA